GGUGCGCGGGGCGGGCGCCGCGGCCGCGCUGCAGCGAUGUGACUCGGAACGAGGGCCAGUGGGAGCGUUGACGCUGCGAGGCCGCGGGGGUCGAAAGAUGAGAACCCACCAAGCACUUGCCUUUCUUCUGCUCUUCGUGGUCGCCUCUGGGGCCUCUGAGAACUCCAGCACCUCCCGGGGCUGCGGGCUGGACCUUCUCCCUCAGUACGUGUCCCUGUGCGACCUGGACACCAUCUGGGGCAUCGUGGUGGAGGCGGUGGCUGGGGCAGGCGCCCUGAUCACACUGCUCCUGAAGCUCAUCCUCCUGGUGCGGCUGCCGUUCAUCAAGGACAAGGAGAAGAAGGGCCCUGUGGGCCUCCACUUCCUGUUCCUCCUGGGGACACUUGGCCUGUUUGGGCUGACGUUCGCCUUCAUCAUCCGGGAGGACGAGACGAUAUGUUUGGUCCGCCGGUUCCUCUGGGGUGUCCUCUUCGCACUCUGCUUCUCGUGUCUGCUGAGCCAGGCGUGGCGCGUGCAGAGGCUGGUGCGGCACGGCAAGGGCCCCUCGGGCUGGCAGCUGGUGGGCGUGGCGCUGUGCCUGGUGCUGGUGCAGGUGAUCAUCGCCACGGAGUGGCUGGUGCUGACCGUGCUGCGGGACGCCAAGCCGCCCUGCGCCUACGCCCCCAUGGACUUCGCCAUGGCCCUCAUCUACGACAUGGUGCUGCUGGCGGCCGCCCUGGGGCUGGCCCUCUUCACGCUGUGCGGCAAGUUCAAGAAGUGGAAGCAGAACGGGGCCUGCCUCCUGGCCACGGCCUUCCUGUCUGUGCUCAUCUGGGUGGCAUGGAUGACCAUGUAUCUUUUCGGCAACGCCGAGCUGCAGCAGGGAGACGCCUGGGGAGACCCCACCUUGGCCAUCACCCUGGUGGCCAGCGGCUGGGUCUUCAUCAUCUUCCACGCCAUCCCCGAGAUCCACUGCACCAUCCUGCCCGCCCCGCAGGAGAACGCGCCCAACUACUUCGACACUCCGCAGCCCAGGAUGCGGGAGACGGCCUUCGAAGAGGAUGUGCAGCUGCCGCGGACCUACAUGGAGAACAAAGCCUUCUCCAUGGAUGAGCACAACGCAGCUCUCCGGACAGCAGGGUUCCGCAAAGGCAGUGUGGGCGGCAGGCCCAGCGCCCCCUUCAGAAGCAAUGUGUACCAGCCCACCGAGAUGGCCGUCGUGCUCAACGGAGGGACCAUCCCGACUGCUCCACCAAGCUACACUGGAAGACACCUCUGGUGAAAGACACGCAGGCCCAGAGGACUCUUACGAUUCUGUUCCCUGGCUGUCUUUCCUGUGAAGCCAGGAGAUUUGGAAAUCCUAGACGAGGGGAUUUGUGUGAAUGACACUGCGGAACGGAAAAGCUAACACCGGCUGCCCUCCCUGCCCACGCGCACACACAUGCACACAUGCACACACAUACAUGCACACACAUGCACACGCACACAUAUACACACGCACAUGCACAUGCGCGCACACAUACACGUACACACUACCAGACCAACCUCAGUCCCCGCAAACUAAAGCAAAGUGCGUUGCAAAUAGUGUUAGGCUUGCUCGAAAACAUGGCCAGGAAGACUCAGCCGUGAGGGCAGAGGGCGCCAGGCCGCUCUGGGUUGAAUACGGAGGUCCCCCACCUCGCCCUCCCUCCCUGGCCCAGGGGGCCGCUUGCACAUGACUGCUUCAUCAAGGGGGGCCACGGGGGGGGUUUCCACCUGCCUGCACAUUCCACGGGGUCAGGAGCAGCUCAGGAGGUUGAGGUGUGACUCCAAGGAGAGGCCCGAUGGAGUCCUGGGCGAGCUGCACAGCUGGGGGGGUGGUGGAGGGACCCCCUCGUGUGCCAAAGAGGAGGUGCCGUCUGGGAGUGGACGUGGCUGUCACAGUCAGAAAGUGGUAACCAGCCACUGUUCUGUGGACCCCUGAACCAGCAUCUAUGUAGGAAAGCAAGCCGCUUCGUGCCCUGGUGUUGCCAUAGCAACACUCUGGCUUGGGGUAGCCCUGUCUUCUUCCCUGAUUGCCUCUGCGGACACUUACCAGUCCUCCCCGAUUAUCCGGUUCAUCUCACGGGCUCCAGUGGGGCCACCCGCUGGAAGUCUGGGUCAGCCAGUGGGCAGCGGGCGCCUCCGUACAUUUUUCCAGCUGACGUCACCCGGCAGGGCCUGCUAGGGUGCCCUCGGAAGGGGGAACUGCCACCCAGCAUUGCAGGGAGGGCUGGGCUUCAGCCGCUGCAGUGGACGGGCGGCGGGGGCACUCGGGGCUUCUGGCUGCGUGGGGAGGGCUGGGUGCAUUUCCCACUUGGUGUUCUGCAAGCUCCAUGGAGAUGUUUUGACUCUUCAAAGCCCAUUAUUUCCGUCAUGGUUUCCAUUUGUCCUCAGCCAGUCACUCCUCGGUUCUUUGGCAUUUCAGACAGCCGGCCAUGCACAGCCCCAUGUCUCCUGCACUGUUGGGCCGGCACAGUCACUAACCUGACAGCACGGAAUGUAACAGGUGGGAGCCUUCAGCAUCUCUAAUCACUGUAUCGCUUUUUCUAUAAAACAACCCGUAAGCCUUUAACCUUUUAAAGAAAAUGAAAAGGGUUCGUAUUUGCUGAGGGCACUGACCUCUCAGAAGCUAGUGUGUCUGACUGAGUAUGUUUUAAUAAACCUCUGACUUUCCUCGA